AGACGGCUCGCGCGGCGCGGUGGUGUCAAGAGAAUUUCCGGAAUGAUUUACGACGAAACUCGUGUGGCUCUCAAGGACUACCUCAGGACGGUUCUUCAGGACUGCAUUGUGUGCAUAGAGCACCGAUCGGCCAAGACGGUCACGAUUGGCGAUGUUUUGUUUGCACUCAAGCGCCAAGGCCGUCCUAUAUACGGCUUCGACAAUGAGACAGGCCGCCACUGA